CUUGAGGCAGAUCCUGUUCGACUGUCCCAGUUACCUUUUCUGCCGUUAGCCGGCGAAGAGAAUCCUGUCCGACCCGGCCAGCUCGUUAUUGCACUGGGCAGCCCUCUGAAUCUUUCCAACUCCUUAACCAUGGGCAUUGUUUCGGCCGUACAACGAGACCUUGGCCACCGAGGAGGUCUCAAGUACAUUCAGACGGACGCAAUCAUUACGGUAAGCUGCCAAGCCUAUAGACGAUACGAUUAUAUUUUAAUGUCUUGCCAUUGCAAUCUAUUCGUCUCUAGGAAAAGACAGACCUAUUUGGGACCUUGGAAUGUUUCGCUCCAUUUUCGAAUUAUAAUUUUCUUAUAUCAAAACUUACCUGAAUGUAUACCUCGAAUAAUCUUCAACCUCGGUUCGGAUUUGAUCAAUAGUGCAAAGGGUUUUAGUUAA